AUGUUGUUGAAGGAGUACAGGAUAUGCAUGCCUCUCACUGUGGAGGAGUACCGAAUCGGUCAGCUGUACAUGAUCAGCAAGCACAGUCACGAGCAGAGUGACCGAGGAGAAGGAGUGGAGGUGGUGCAGAACGAGCCCUUUGAAGAUCCGGUCCACGGCCAAGGACAGUUCACAGAGAAACGAGUCUACCUCAACAGUAAAUUACCCAGCUGGGCACGAGCUGUGAUUCCCAAAAUCUUUUAUGUGACGGAGAAAGCCUGGAACUACUACCCUUACACCAUCACAGGUCAGUGUCACCUCUGGCAGUAG